CGGCGAAGCUCUGUGUUCAUACCCAAAAGAAAGCAUCGAAUUCUAAACCUGCUUCUUCAAGUUCUUAAAUUCGUAUUUAAAGAUGAAGCGUUGACCCUUUUUAUAAAAAUCGCUGUUGUAAAUAACAUGAUUUUUAUUCGCAUGCAGUUGCAAUACAAUUCUGUAUAUCUGUGGACGUGUAUUUGUAAUACUAUUACACUUAGUGAGGCACACUUAGUAAUUGGAACUUUCCUAAAUCGAGAUGGAGUUAAAGAUUUUCCUCCUUGGUGUACUGUUAUUUACAUCAUAUAGUGACGCUUUGCGUUUGUUGGUGUUCUUCCCUAUGCCCGCAAAAAGUCACAGUAUUUUAGGUCAUGGCGUCGUCGACAAUCUCUUAGCGGCAGGACACGAAAUUGUGCAUAUAACUUCUUUCCCAAAAGAGAAAACUGUACCAAAUUUAAUGGAGAUAAAUGUUUCUAAAGUAGGUGAAAGGAUAAAAAAAUCUCUUUUUAAACAUGAAGACCUAACAUUAAGAAAAAUUGCGCAAACGAAAUUAGACCCUAUUCUUCUAAUGGGAUUUAUUUACGAAGUGCACAGACAAGUUAUUGAUGAUCCAGGCGUAUUGGAAUUGUUUGAAAACCCAAACCAUAAGUUUGACGGAGUCAUUAUAGAGUGGUUCUUCUCCAAAUUUGUCGCGGGUAUUGCACCGUUAUUCAAGUCACCGCUGAUUUGGGUCGCUACAACAGAAGCCCAUUGGCAAGUCCUAGAAGUGAUUGAUGGGCCAAGCAACCCGGCUUACAAUGUAGACCUCUUUUCGACGAACUCUCUUCCUCUCAACUUGUUCCAAAGGACAGAAGAGCUAUAUACCAUGGUUAAGAGAUAUAUACUAUACAGUUAUUACAUAACACCAAAAGAGAAGAAUAUCUAUGAGUCAGCAUUAACGCCAAUAGCUAGAAAACGAGGCGUAACACUGCCUACAUUUGACGAGGCGGCUUACAACGCAUCUUUGUUGUUAAUUACUUCCCAUCCAUCUAUAGGAACUCCUUAUAAACUGCCCCAAAACGCCAAAUUUGUUGCUGGAUAUCAUAUCAGUACUGUGGUUAAGCCACUGCCACAGGACCUGAAAAAGUUAAUAGACAACGCGAAAAAUGGAGUGGUAUACUUUAGUAUGGGUUCAAAUCUGAAGAGUUCUGAUAUGAGUGAAAAAAUGAAAAAUGAUUUACUAAAAAUGUUCGCAAAAUUGUAUGAAACAGUGAUAUGGAAAUUUGAAGAUGACCUAGAAAAUGUACCUAAGAAUGUGCAUCUUGUAAAAUGGGCACCGCAACAGAGUAUCUUAGCUCAUCCAAACCUCAAAUUUUUCAUUACACACGGUGGCCAACUUUCAACAACAGAAGCUAUACAUUUCGGUGUCCCAGUCAUAGGAAUUCCUAUCUUGGGUGAUCAAUAUGUGAACAUGAAUUCAGUUAGUAACAAGGGCUUUGGGAUCACUGUAAAGUGGUCCGAAGAUAGCAUAAUUUCUGAUUUAACAGCUGCGAUCAAAGAGAUAAACACAAAUCCAAUAUACACGACAAAAGCCAAAGAGUUAUCAGAAAUAUACCACAACCGUCAGGUGAGCCCAGGCAAGGACCUGGUCUACUGGGUGGAGUAUGUGAUUGCAACGAGCGGCGCACUCCAUUUGAGAUCACCAGGAUUAUCUUUACCCCUUUAUAAAAAACUUUACUUGGAUUUAUUAGCGCUGAUUAUAAUAGUUGUGUACUUCUUAACGAAGAAACUCCGGCCUAUAAUUUGUAAGCGGUGUCGGCGUCGACCCGGUAAGAAGGAAAAGUCAAAGUAAAUGAUUUGGAAAAUGUAAUUAAUGAAUAAUAUACUCCAUAUUCUUUUAUA